GUGAGCAAAUCCGCGCACCCGUUGAUUCUGUCGCAUGUUUGGUGACGUCCAAUAAUCGACUCGCUGUGAAGUGUCCGAGGCCUGAAGACUUUUCUUAUGUUUCUAAACGGCCGCUCGCUUGAAUCAGCGUGUGGAUGCUCGGACUCCGGUGCCCGGUGUGAGCGGGUGUGAACCGCCGUAGCGCUGGACGCCCUGAACCGAGCAGAGACGGUCGGACACGUUAGCCACCGAGUCGAAGCUACCGCUAACUGCCAGCGAGGAAGUGAGGGAGGAACAAAAAUGACAUCUCGGAGGUGGUUUCACCCCAACAUCACAGGUGUGGAGGCUGAAAACCUCCUGCUGACUCGAGGAGUAGAUGGGAGCUUUUUAGCCAGACCCAGCAAGAGUAAUCCCGGAGACUUCACCCUCUCAGUACGGCGAAAUGGAGCUGUCACCCACAUUAAGAUCCAAAACACAGGAGACUACUAUGACCUUUAUGGCGGGGAGAAGUUUGCCACUCUUGCAGAGCUGGUGCAGUAUUACAUGGAACAUCAUGGUCAAUUGAAGGAGAAGAAUGGAGAUGUUAUUGAGCUCAAGUAUCCGCUCAACUGUGCUGAUCCCACCUCAGAGAGAUGGUUCCACGGGCACUUGUCGGGCAGGGAGGCUGAGAAGCUGCUGACGGAGAAAGGGAAGAACGGCAGCUUCCUGGUGAGAGAGAGCCAGAGCCAUCCGGGGGAUUUUGUCCUGUCGGUUCGUACAGGAGAUGAUAAGACGGACAGCAGUGACAGCAAACCCAAAGUCACCCAUGUCAUGAUCCGCUGCCAGCAUGACCUCAAGUAUGACGUGGGUGGAGGUGAGAAGUUUGACUCCCUCACCGACUUGGUAGAGCACUACAAAAAGAACCCCAUGGUAGAAACUCUGGGCACCGUGCUUCAGCUAAAACAGCCCCUGAACACGACUCGUAUUAACGCAGCGGAGAUUGAAAGUCGAGUAAGGGAGUUGAGCAAACUAGCUGAGGCCACAGACAAGGUCAAACAGGGCUUCUGGGAAGAAUUUGAGACCUUGCAGCAACAAGAGUGCAAGCUGCUCUACAGUCGCAAAGAGGGCCAGAGAGCAGAGAACAAAAACAAGAACAGAUACAAGAACAUUCUGCCAUUUGACCACACACGUGUGGUGCUGAAUGAUGGGGACCUAAAUGAGCAAGGCUCAGACUACAUCAACGCCAAUAUCAUCAUGGUAGUAUCCGCUGUCAUGCCGGAGCUGGACCCAAAGUGUAACAGUACCAAGCUGAAGAAGAGCUACAUCGCCACUCAGGGCUGUCUGCAGAGCACAAUCAGUGACUUCUGGAGAAUGGUGUUUCAGGAGAACUCUCGAGUCAUCGUCAUGACCACCAAAGAGGUGGAGAGAGGAAAGAGCAAGUGUGUGAAGUACUGGCCAGACGUGUCGGCUCUGAAGGAGUACGGCGCCAUGCGCGUUCGCAACGUCAGAGAGACGACUGCACACGACUACACCUUAAGAGAGCUCAAACUGUCCAAAGUCGGACAGGGAAACACAGAACGUACAGUUUGGCAGUACCACUUCAAGGCCUGGCCGGACCACGGCGUCCCCACUGACCCGGGUGGCGUGCUGGACUUCUUAGAGGAAGUCAACCUGAAGCAGGAGAGCAUACUGGACGCUGGGCCUAUAGCGGUACACUGCAGUGCAGGGAUCGGGCGGACAGGAACGUUUAUAGUGAUUGACAUCCUGAUAGAUGUGAUCAGAGAAAAAGGGGUGGACUGUGACAUCGACGUGCCAAAGACCAUCCAGAUGGUUCGGUCUCAGCGCUCUGGGAUGGUGCAGACCGAGGCGCAGUACAGAUUCAUCUACAUGGCUGUACAGCAUUACAUAGAAACAUUGCAGAGACGCAUAGAGGAAGAACAGAAAAGUAAGAUUAAAGGGCGUGAGUACACUAACAUUAAGUACUCAAUGUCUGACCUGACUGGGGGAGAGCAGAGUCCUUUGCCUCCUUGCACUCCUAUUCCUACUCCCACCUGCACAGAGAUGAGGGAGGACAGCUCCAGAGUGUAUGAGAACGUGGGCCUGAUGCAGCAGCAGAAGAGCUACAGAUGAGAUUCACCUUUGACCCCAGUGCUCUUUCAGUUCCAGGAUCUUGAUACCUGACAGUUUAUUCGCCAGCCACACCUUGACGCCUGAGACUUGACCGUAAUGACAUGGAACAAUGGAAACACACACACACACACACACACACACACGCACACGCACGCACUAUGAGAGAGACCAGACUCCAGGGUCCUCCUGUUCUCGCUCAUCUUCCAUGAACAUUUGCCCUCUAGUUGAAUUCUAAACCACUGUGAUCAUCAGAGGAGCCUUUGAGAAGCCUAAAACACUAAAUCCCCACUAAACCACAGUCUGAGUUUAGCCUUUGUAAAGUCUCCCCUCAACAAGGGCUGCACACAGUGAGCACUCUCCUCCGAGGGAAUAACCUAGCUAAUCUUUGCUCAGCUCUCUUUUUUCUAUGUUGUUUUUUUUUUAUUAACCAAAGGAAAGAUUAGAUUGUGUUGUGUCAAUGGAAGUGAGGAGUUUCCUCAAUAAGACCUGUAUCGAAACCACAAAUGAUUUUAUUUACAUUUCUCAGCCAAUGCAGAGUCUCUAUUUGGCCUGAUGCGCCUUUAAAGCAGUGGGAGACAAAACUGGGGCAAAACUUCCAGUGACUAUUUUCCAGUUUUCACUGUGUUUAUAUAGAGCGAUGUUUCUGAAUGAAGAAGUAUUGGCAACAUUGUAGUGUAAUAUCAUAUUUACAGUUGAUCUGUUGAUUCAUAAUUCACUGACUUCUAAACAUGAAUUCUUUUUUUGUGUGUGCCAGAACCGCCUUGAAGAGAAAUUCAGGCUGUUCAGAGAAUGAAUUAACUUUUUUUUGUUUAUUUUCUAUUUCACAUGGGUCUGAUAUGCUUUUGUUGGGAUCCACAGUGUCUGUUAGUUAACCAUUCCUGAGCUCAAGCCUAAUGUCCUUAAUGCUGCACAUUUAUUUAGCAGCUUAACAGUUACAGUCAAGCCUUGAUUCACCGGUUGGAUUUAUAAAUGAUCUAAUCUGCGGUUACUACAGGAGUUUCGCAAGGGGUGGGGGCGUCCAUAUUUGAUUUUUGCCCUCCCCCUUUCAUGCCUGCACUUCUAUGUCAAAGUCAGUGAGUGACAUGUAAAGAUUUCAGGGGAGUCUGUUGUGUAUCUCUGUUGCAGGCAUCACUACAGACGCACGACUGCCAAAAAGAAAACCUUAAGUUUUGUUUUUAAGUGCAUAUUACUUUUUUCAUUCUUUCUUGUUCUUUUUAAAGAAAAAUGCCUUUUGUGUACCAUUGCCUAUUUUGAGCACUACAUGUACUUAAGUUUAAGAGUAACUAUUUUAAAAGCAAUCACAUCUCUCAGCCUUGGCAGCAUAGACGGCCAUUGUUGUGGUUAUAGAAUGUUGGGCCUGUUCUAGUCAGCUGGAUUCAGUAGUUACACAGACACACAUGUAUGUGCGCACACACACACACACACACACACACACACACACACACACACACACACACACACACACACACAGUUUUCAAGAGGAGAGUAUUUUCUUGUGUUCUGUUAACCAUUUAAAUGAAUUGUCUAAUAUUUUUUGGAAUUUCACUCAUCCCACUUUCUUCAGUCAGAUGAGAAGAUGGACACCGCUCUCAUGUUUGUACGCUAAAUAUGAAGCCAGCCAGCAGUUUAGUGUGUUAGCAUAAAGACUGAUGACCAGUUUUACGGAGACAGACAGACUCUCGGAACUCUUUGUAAAAAAAAAAAAACAACCGUUCUGUUUUGGUACAGGAAUAAACAAGCAAAACAUCAUGUGUUAAUCGGUGAGCUUUAGAGCGGGGUGUGCGUGCUAACCACUAAGCCACGCCCAGCGGCUGAUUAGCUUAGCAUAAAGAAGCACAAAGAUUGGAACAAAAUCCACCCAUCAGCACCUUCUAGGCUCAAUAAUUGUGGUUCAGGCGUCGCCAUAGAGAUGAUGCUUGGCUAGCUGUCUCCUAGCUAAGCUCAGCCGAUUGCCUGUCAGUACUGGCCUCAUAUGUACAAAUAUGAGAGUGGAAUCAAGCUUCCUGUCUUAACUUUAUACAAGAAAGCAUAUUUCCCAAGAUGUUAAGUGUUCUUUUAACUUCUCAAUCAGUCGCAGUAUUUGGGGGAUGUUGAAUAUUUUUAUUCUCGUGAAACACACACUCACACUUACUCAUUUCAAACACGUGGCCUAAGUAUUUUCAUUUGUCAAGCCUUCCCAGCUUCUGCACAUUGGCUCACCAUCACUCGCCUUGAGAAACUGCAGUCUUGUGAUUGAACUUACUGUAACAGUGCUGACUCAGAAUCUCUCAGUUAAAGAAAAGGGAAGCGGCGGCUCUUCUCUUUGCCUUUGAGGGACAAUUCUCAACCACCACUGAUCCAGGAUUGAACAGCCUCUUUGUGUAACAUAAAAACUCAUGAAAUCAGUGUUUAUUUUUUUUCCCGGGCUGCUUCCCCCCCACCGGAGGACUCUGCUUAUAACAUUCGUCUGCUGCUUCACAGCAAGUGUUCUUUGAAACUUCCCCCGGGCGAACGCCAUCCACUGACUGACUGAGUUAAUGAGAUCUGCAGUGUGGUGGGGUUUUCUGUAUGCAGUUUUAUCGUCGAAUGGAUGAGUUUGUCUAAUGUUUAGUGGAGUGCAUGUUGUGGUGUUUUGUGUCCUGUGGUGUGUGUGUGUGUGUGUGAGUGUGUGCAGGGAUGUGUGAAUGUGCUGUGAGAAUGUGGCUUCCUUAUCAGCCAUAAGUUCUACUUUCUUUUCCCGCAGAUGAUAAAACUGCUUUCCAUUUAUCAUGUAAGCAAUUAAGAUGCAUAGAUGUGCCUUCUAUGCAUAUGCCUAUGUGUAUGUGAUAGGUAUUACAAAAAAACAGUGCUCUUUAGUUUCCACCGCCAUUCAAGAACCUGUAACACUUAAAUGUGAAUUCUUUCAUCCUGAACAUCCUGAACAAAAAAGGAAAAAUGGUGAUUGCGAUGCAAACAAACUAUAUUUUUUAACAUGUAUAUUGUACAUGAGUACCAGGUAGAGGAGAAUGUACUUACUAAAACAUAUCUACUUGCCAAUAAGAUAUACUGUAUGUAUAUUCCUACAGCUUUCUCUCUGUGACACAGAGAGGGACCUCUCACAAAGCUUAAGAGGUUUAUUGUAUGACUUUCAAUGCAGUUAACCGUGUUAACUUCCUCAAUAACAAUAAAUGGCUAGCUCAUGCCUCAUUAA